AUGAGAAUCUUCACCAUUUUUGCUGAACUCAUUCUUCUUGGUCAAAUUUGCCCAGCCAGGGGAGCUGUUUCGAAAAGAAUACAAUGUGCAAAACUGAAUGAUCGCUGUGAAGUUGAAUGCCUUACCUUCAAAGUCAAGAUUGGGGGAUGUAGAGCUGACCUAACACCACUGUGCUGCAAGCAAUGA